AUGCUACCAUCCACACUAAAACUUCUUGCCAGUCUGUUGGCAGUCGCCGGGGCCACUCGGCCGUCGUUGGGCCCUGAAAAGGCCGCGGUGGAGCUUUCAGCAACACCUGCAACGCAACCUACUUUGGUUGGGUAUUGGCACAACUUCCACAGCUCCGUGACCGGCGCCACGUUUCCACUUGGACAAGUGAUAACCACCGAGUGGGAUGUCGUCAACGUCGCAUACGCCACGCAUUACGCCCACGGCAUGGUCGGGUUCGUCUUGGACCCUGCGGCGGGAUCCAUCGAUGGCUUCAUCAACGACAUUGCAACGUUGAAGGCCGCCGGAAAAACAGUUGUGCUGUCCGUUGGUGGCCCCAAUGGAACGAUGGCGCUGGCCAGCAAGACGGAAGUUGGCACGUUCGUGUCGUCCAUUGCGGACUUGGUGGCCAUCUAUGGCUUUGACGGCAUUGACUUGAGCAUCGAAAAGGGGUUGGCUGGCUCGGGCGCGGUGUCAAACCUCGUUGCCGCCGUCAAGCAAUUGAAGAGGAAACUUGGCGCAUCGUUUUACGUCAGCCUGGCCCCGUACUACCCGUUGGUGCAAAGUGGCGGUGGCCCAGCUUCCGUUCGAAACGGUCGUGGCGGUGGGAGCGCCAAGGCCAAGAUGACAGCAGUGGCAUCAUCAUCUGCACAGUGUUUGACCCUCUUGGAUGGCCUGCGCGACGAACUCGACCUUGUCCACGUCCGAUACUUUGGCAGCAAUAGUGGCCUUGUCUUACCGGAUGACCAAGUGGUGACAGAAGGCACGGUGGACAUUUGGUCGGUGGAAGCGGCGACGCAGUUUCAACCGCUGCCGCCGCAUCAAGUGGGGUUUGGGGUGUCUCUCGGAGGUGGUUUUAACCACCCCGACUCGACAACCGUGCAACGGGCGUUGACUUGCCUGGUCCAAGGAAGCGGUUGUGGUACCAUCACACCCAAGACGACGUACGCUGACUUUGGAGGCAUCAUGGGGUGGUCCGUCAACCUCGACAAGUUUGGUGGCUACUCGUUUUCCAAAGCUGUUCGAACGACGCUCGACGACUUGACGACACCCUCCAACGACGCCGACGAAAACGACGAGGUGACCGAGGACCCUAAGUUUGACGACAGUGCAGCGGACUGGAUCGAAGCCAACUCCGCGGCUCAAAGCGGUGCAAUCCGAGCAGCGUUGCCAUUUUUGAAGCCCAUCCCGUCCAAGUAUACCGAGGGCCAUGGGCCGGGCAACGCCGACGGCAUUUCUGACUCGGGCAAGGAUAAGCUGGUCAGUCAAUGGGGCGAUAAGGGCCGGCUGGAAUGA